AUGCGGCAAGAAAGACUCAAUUCUUUCUCUUCCAAUGAUCCCAUUUUCAAUCAACAAGAGGACGACAUUGAAGAGCAAAUUCAUCAGCAAAAUGCAAAAACAGUAGAUACAUCGACUUACAGCUUUGACAGUGUGUUUUUCAAGCGGUUUGCCCGGCUUUUAGGUAUUCUAUUCAAGAGUAGCCGCUUAUAUAAACCAUGGUCCACCAAGAAAGAAGCUCGCAAGCACAGUUUAUUCUGGCUCUACAUUACCUUUAUCACUCUGGGCGUCAGUUACGAAGUGCUUGUCUACUUUGUGGGCAUGAUACCAAGUCAAUUUUACUCUAUUUUGACCAGCAGAGAUGCGAUUGGAUUCUCAAAGUACAUUCUACCCUGUCUUUUGCUUGUUUUCAGCACUGCUACCUGCAAAAGUUUACUCAACUUUAUGGGCGGUCUCUUUGCAUUGAAGGCAAGAAAAUUGCUGACAAUUCACUUGCAAAACAAGUACAUCAAGCCAAAAUCCAUGUAUACCCUUGUGAUGAAUCAUGAAAAAGUGGAUAACCCAGAUCAACGUAUUACUCAAGAUGUCGAUAAGUUUGCAGAGACGUUGCGUCAAAUUGUCACGAACCUCAUUAUUGCACCUGUCAUGGUUGUCUACUACACAUACAAAUGCUGGAUCGUCACUGGAUUUGCUGGACCUUUGUUGAUCUACGUCUACUUUUUGCUGGGCUCAUUCAUUAGUCGCAAGUUUAUUCAACCCAUUGUCAAUGCUGUGUUUUUCAAGGAGCUGCAGGAAGGAAACUUUCGCUAUCUUCAUGUCAGGCUGAGACAGUAUGCUGAAUCCAUUGCUUUCUGCGAUGGUGAAGAGGAAGAGAAUGGCAGAGCACAGCACAGCUUGGAGACACUGUUGACAUAUCAACGUACCAUUGUAAACAAAGAGCUUCCCCUGAAAAUGGCAAAUGAGAGCUUCUCUUACUUGGGGUCAAUCCUCAGCUAUUUAAUUAUUGCUAUCCCUAUCUUUGCUGGCGUGUUCGAUGGAAAGGAUGCUUCUGAGCUGAGUGCUAUUAUCAGUGCAAACUCCUUUGUCGCCAUGUAUUUGAUCUAUUUGUUUUCAACCAUCAUUGAACAGUCCACCAAAUUGUCGGAUCUCGCAGGCUUUACUGCUCGUGUGGGUGAGCUGUUGGAAGCAUUGGAUCAAGUUGCUGUCGAGAUUGAGAAAAUGGAAACCGAGCAUCCCGUUAGAAAGGAAGAGCAAAGCGAUACCAUUGAAUUCGAGAAUGUGUCCUUGUUCUCUCCUCGAUCAAAGCUCAUUGUGCACGAUUUGAAUCUCAAGAUUUACCAAGGUGAUCAUGUCGCCUUUGUUGGCCCCAAUGGAUCUGGUAAGACUUCCAUUUUGCGCGCGUUGGCUUGUCUAUGGCCCUGUAGCGAAGGCAGAGUACAUGUCCCCAAGGUCAUCAUGGGGAAAGAUAUUAUUUUCCUUCCUCAAAUGCCAUACCUCAUUGAGGGGUCGCUGAGGGAUCAGAUUGUAUAUCCAAAUACAACACCAGCUGCUAAAAUUACAGAUCAAGAGAUUGUCCAGCUACUACAAAAGGUGCGUCUUAGUCACCUGUCAGGCUUGGUGAAAUCAUAUGAUACUGUGUAUGGUCAGGAGUGGUCCAAGAUGUUAUCUCCUGGUGAGCAACAGCGAUUAGUGUUUGCUCGUAUCUUUUAUUGGAAGCCGCGAUUUGCAGUUCUUGAUGAAGCAACUAGCGCAAUGGAUAAGGACACGGAGGACUAUUUAUAUGAAGCACUGAUUAAUAUGGGAACCAGUGUUAUUAGCGUGAGCCAUCAUCCAAAUGUGAUUGACUACCAUAGCACUAUUGUUAUUUUAGACGGGCAAGGCGGAUACACCAUUGAGACCAAGGAAUCAAGCUCAUCGCUGGUUGCUGUGUAG